AUGUCUAAUGAUAUUGAGGUACGCGAAUAGCCUGAAUGUGGGUAUUCGUACAUUCUCAGGAUCGAGAGAGGAUGCAUUGGAUUUAUCAUUUAAAUUUGUGUAUCUGCACAAUAUUAUAUUAUUUAUUUAAAUUAAAAAUCGGAAAUGAAUUCGAAGGGCAAAAGGACUUUAGGUCCAAUUUAAAAAAUUAACAAGCCGUCGAUCGAUUUUGAGUCAGCUCUAAAGGAACAUCGAGCAGUGGAGGAAAGAAUAAAAAUGGAAACUGACAGUCAAGAUCCGAGGAAAUUUGUAAUGAACCUGUUGAAUGAUCGUGAUAAUUCAUUAAUAAUGGAUAAUUCCCUAACUCAUUCGCAAGUGGCUAUAAAAAAGAAAGUGUACAUACGUUCAAGACAGGUUAAGAGUCAAGUGCCAUUCAUGUAAAUGUAGACGAAGAACAACUCCCAAAUUUAAUUUGCAUCUCCUUCUUAGAGUUUGAAGUUUGACUUUGAUUUGAAACCCGAUUUCAAUUCUAAACGAUCGAAUUUUGUUCCCAAGUUUAUAAAUUCAGGAAUCAAUUUUGACGUCGAAGUAAGAGGAACACUUGGAGAAGAGUUUACAGAGUUUCAGAUGUAUGACAAUGACUCAUAACCAGAAGACAUCCCAAAAAAUAAAAACUUUUCUUAUGGAGGCAGAAUGACCAAUAAAAAACUUAAGGAAUACGAUUGUUGGGAUGAAGAAAGAACUCCUUAAGAAUGGUUAGAAAUAUGUAAAAAGAGCAAUCCUCCUCAUGCAAAAUGUCCAAUGUUUGAUUAAUCAGACAAAUACGUUUGGACAGAUGUGGAGGUGUUGGGUUUUGAGAAUGGCAAAUUCGAAGUCAAGAUAUUGAGAUCAAGCAAAAUCAAACGAAUAGGCAGAUUGUCACUAUAAUUCAAUUCAGAAGAUCCUGUCAAAUUCGAAUAAAGAGUUGAAUUGUGUAAAUAAAGAUAAAAGAAUGCUGAUGAUGAAUUGAGAUUCCUUAAAUAUGUGGACUCUUUGCCUGAUUCAAUGACAUCGACUUUAUCUCUUGAAAUGCAGAAAAAGAUCGAAGAAUACACAGUUUUUAGAGAUUUGCCAUACAUAAUCAAAGAAGAUCCAAGCAAAAUAGCUCCUGGGUUUCCACAGAUUUAAAAUCUCAAAGAUGAAUUGAAGUAGAUGAUCACAGAUCCAGAAAUCAGAAGGAAACAAAUGCAACAUCUUGAGUUGCUUAAAAAAGACUUGGUGAAAUAAGUUCAAAAAGAAUAUAUCAUGCUCAUGAAGAAGUGUUCAAUUCUCAAGGACAUGGAAGUCAAUAAGAAUGAUAUCAAGUGGAUUUAAUUAAGAAUCAAGAACAGAUUUGAAUAAACCAAAAGGCCUUAUCAUGGUUUAACUAAAUAGUUUGCGAGUGACACUAAAAUUCUGAGCUUCGAAUCUCUGGGCCAAUAGACAUCAAAGCAAGUGAAAGUUCAAGAUAAUUGGGCCUUUGUUGCAAUCAGAUAAAACAUCUCACAAUUACAUUAUUCAAAAUUCACUGUAGUCGUUAACACAUUGAAUGCUUUAACAGCCAGAUCCUAAUUGUAUUAGAAUUUCCCACUCCUUAAUGUAUUGCUUAAUCAUUAAUCUUUACCCAUGGCUUUGUCUAAUUUCGAAAGCUAACAAAAAUAGCAUAAUAUCUAAGGAAGAUAAACUCUGUAGGUGUAAUGGCGUAGCACUAUUGUUGGAGACAUUCAAGAUAAAUUAAGAGAAAAGUAUAGAUUCUAUUAAACUGAAACUGAGGACUAUUUGGAUAGUGAAUUGUAAAAAUUACUUAUUCGAAUCGACUAUAUGUUUACCAAUUAUAUUAGAGAAAAUGUAGUUCGACAAACUUGCUAGUCAUGGAUUGAUUUUCUAAAAAAGUUCACGACUCCAAAAGACGGGGAAUAAUGGAAGAUUAAUGAUUAUCCUUUAUUGAUUUUAAAUCUUGAAGUCAAUCUCAAUUUCAAGAAAAAGAAGAAUGACAAAAAAAAUAAAUAAGAUGAUACUCCUUUGUUGAUGACAGAUGAGGAUCCCAAUAGUGCCAUUUACUUUUCUCCUAAUUUCUCUGCCAUCUAACAGGGUUUGUUAAAGCCAAUAGAUCUUUUAUUGGAAUCAGUGAAUUCCUUUAAUAGACUCGAAAAAGAUUUGGUUCCAUUGGUGGAUAUUGAUUAGAAAAAGGAGGUAAAGGGACGAUUGAGAGCUUACGAGAUUGAAAAUGACAAGGAUUAAAUGUGGAUUAAGUGGGCUAAGGAUAAGGUCUAAGAAUAUCUGGAGAUCGGUUAUUAGAAACCUAAUUAAAUGCUAUAAAAGUUCAGGGAAUUUAGUUUCUUAUUAGAAAAGUCUGUUCAAAGUGUUCUAAAAAGUUUAUUUGGAGAUGUGUCGAAAAAACCUAUCAUAACCUCAUUGGAUAAGGAUGAGAUAUCAAAAAAGUUAUCUGAUUUUAUUAAUGCCAAAUUUUAAAUACAAAGAUUAUGUUUGGAUGAAAAGAAUGAAUAAUUUUUUUAGAUUAAAACUAGAAUUGCCAAAGAAAAUUUGAUCUCAAAAGCCAAUGAAUUUAUCACAUCCAUUUUGAAACAGUGUUCAGAUAUUGUGACUGACAACAUUAGUCGUUUAAGUUAGGAAUAUAGCGAUAUGAGUGAUAGAAUUACAAAGCAACCCAAAAAUGAGGCUGAAUUAGUAGAAUUAAAAUCUUAUAUAGCAGAACACGAAGUUAAUUUGGCAAAGAAGAAAUAAGAGGUGGAUUGUAUCUAUGAUUAUUUGACCAUGUUCGAAGACAUGAGUCAUAAUUUUGAAGAUAAAAACCUCUAUGAGUUUUGGAAUUUAUAUAGUUUCCCUCCUGAAAUUAAAAAUCAUGUGAUCGAAGGUCAAAGAAAGGCUAAUCUAUAAGAGUAAAAGUUUAUGGAAAACUUGGAUAACGAGAAGGAUAAGUUCCAAGGAGAAUUGAAGGAAUUGACAGAAUUAUUCUCAACUGUCUAGAAAUUUGAUGACUAUUCAAGAGUAAAGGAUUUUGCAAAUGAUGUCGUAUCACUCAAUGACCGUUUCUAAAAUGCCUAAAAGAAGGUAGAAUCAUUUAAUGAGAGAGAAAUACUGUUUAAAUAAUAACCAUCAGUUUAUGAAGAUUUGAAUUAAUUGAUUAAGGAUUUCACUAUUUACUUCAAUUUGUGGACUAAUGCUAUUGAAUUUGAGUAUGAUAGAAGUGAUUGGUGUACAGGUUCAUUCUUGAAGCUAAAUUUCACUGAAAUUGAAAACAAAGUUAGAACCAACUAAAGGAAUGCCAAUUUACUUAUAAAGGCUUUCUCUGAUGCACAAGAUGACACAGCCGUAGAAGUGGCACGCAAGUUGAAAGGUCAAAUCGAUGAGUUCAAAGAGAGAUUGUGGUUGAUUGAAUUACUGACCACUGAGGCUAUGAAAACUAAGUUGAAUAUGUGGAAAGACAUCUGGAAGAUUGUUGGAAUUGUUGAUCAAGAAACAAAUGACGAUUUAUCAUUGGAUGCUUUGGUUUCUCACGGCCUUAUGAAUUUUAGGAAUGACAUCGAAGAAGUGUCAAGGAGAGCUGAGAAAUAGUGGUAAAUAGAAAAGAAUCUCAAUUCAAUUCAAGAGAAGCUUAAGGAUUAAAAAGUAGAAAUGAUUCCAUACAAAAAGACAGGAACCUUUGUGUUGAAAUCUUUAGAAGAAGUAGUGUAAUGCUUUGAUGAUUAAUUCAACAUUCUAUUGAUGUUAAAGGCACAACCUUAAAUCAAAGCUGUAUUACAUAAAGCAUAAGCCUUGGAGUAAAAGAUAGUGUUGAUUUAGGACACACUUGAUGGUUGGAUAAAGUGUUAAAGAGGGUGGAUGUAUUUGGAACCUAUUUUUACUUCUGAUGAUAUCAAGAAGAAAAUGCCUUAAGAAACCUUAAAAUUUUAGAAGGUGGAUACUCAUUGGAAAUAAGUGAUGGAAUAAUUCAGCAAGGAGCCCAAUCUUUGGGACGGAGUAGAAAGUGAUAAGAUGAAGAAUGAAUUCGAUUAGGAUAAUAAGGCUUUGGAUUAGAUUUAGAAAUCUUUAAGUGAGUAUUUGGAGACAAAACGUAACUCAUUCCCAAGAUUUUAUUUCUUAUCAGAUGAGGAACUAUUGGAAAUCUUGGCAUAAACCAAAGAUCCAGAAACAGUGUAGAAGCAUAUUAAUAAAUGUUUUGAAGCCAUCAACUUAAUUAGAAUUUUGGUAGCCAAUGAUAUCAGCAGAAAAAGAAAAAGUACAAUUUUUCAAAAGGAAUUAAUGUAAUGUGGAAAAGUGGUUGUGUGA